AUGAAUUUUGCGAGGAGUAUCCGCACAAUUUGAUGCCCACGCCCGGCUAUUGGAUCGAGUGCUCGCGCCAGAAGAUAACGCUGCCCACACCGCACACAAUCUGGGACGAGAGCGACUCGGAGCAUGAGGAUAUACGGGCUGGUAGUGCCAGUGAUGCGUACUUGGAGCGCGAGUGCAGUGAUCUGUAUGAGGACGAUGAGGAUUCGGAGGCGACGCCAAGUCCCCGGAAGAAGACGACCAUCGAGGAGCAAUGGGAUCAGCAGGGCGCCUUCGAGCUAAUCUCUGUGGAGCAGGAGACAUAUGAGAAAUACUUUUAUGGCACCGAGCAUUGGAAUUACUUUACCAGCGAUGAGGAUCUCGGCCCCGUCAUCCUGUCAAUCAAACAGGAGACGCUCAACGGACGCGAUCAGUUUCGCAUUCUGGUGCGCGCUGGCUCCUACACGGUGCAUGGACUGAUACCGGCCUCAUGUGUGUUCGCCGAUAGAUAUAAUCGCGAGGAGGUAGUUAGAUCUUUAGGUAAAGAAGUUAAUUUAAAUCCACCUUUAACAUUAGGACAAUUACCCGAUACGCCCGAGGAGUUACUGAAAUUAGAUCAGGUUUUUAUAAAAUCCGAAUUGAAAGUGGGCGUCAUAUUCGUCAAGGAGGAACAAUAUACCGAAGAGCAAAUUUUGGACAAUAAUGAAAAUUCAGCGCUCUUCGAUGAGUUUCUCACGCUGCUCGGCGAUCGUGUGCGACUGCGCGGGUUUGAUAAAUACAAAGGUGGCCUUGAUACGGUGCAUGACCUAACAGGUCUAUUCUCCGUCUAUACGAAUUGGCGCAACAUUGAGAUCAUGUUCCACGUGUCCACACUGUUGCCCUAUGAGAAACACGAUCCACAGAAACUCCAGCGCAAACGUCACAUCGGCAAUGAUAUCGUCUGUGUGGUAUUCCUCGAGGCCGACAAUACGCGCUUCAGUCCCGCCUGCAUUAAAAGCCAUUUUCUGCACACCUUCAUACUGGUGCGUGUUUCGGCACGCAUUAAACACAAGCCGACACGUUAUGAGGUAUCUGUGGUGACACGCGACGAGGUGGGCGCCUACAAGCCCUACCUGUGGGAGCAGUCGGUCUUUGAGAAGGGCCCCAUGUUUCGGGAAUGGCUGCUGACGAAAAUCGUGAAUGGCGAACGGGCCUCGUAUUCGGCGCCAAAGUUUGCCCGCAUGCAGGAGCGAACGCGCUCGCAGAUGCUGGAGGAUCUGGUGAUGAAUCUGUCGAAUCAUGCGGAAACUGGGCAAAUACCGAAGCCGUAUAGGCGCGGCUCCUGGCGGCCAAUUGGUGAGGAUGAAUAUUUCAAAAUGUUGCAUGCCAGGGUAUUAGACAACACCAUACAGCAACAACAACAACAUGAAUACCACAACAACUGUUGCUACUGCAACUGCAACGAACAGCUGCCGCAGCAGCAACAGCAGCAGCAGCAACUGGCGCUGGGCCUAUUUGUGGCUUUGAGCAACACAACACACACACACCACACUACACACAACAACAGCGCUGAGCAGCAACAACAGCAGCAGCAGCAGCAACAGCAGCAGCAG